AUGGGGUGGCUACGAGACGCCGUGUUUCACCGUCUUGUGGUUCCGUGCCGGGAGCUUACCCUCAAAAGGCUGAUGAUUGCCCUCUCCGCGGGAACUAUCGGAGGUGUUUUUCCUGUUCCCAUGCUGACGAGCGUUGCCACCUUAAUCAUCUGUCGCGUGUUGCAGUGCAGCACACUGGAGGCGACACUGGCGACAAGCGUCAAUCUGCUUCUUACUCCUCUCGAGUUGUUCCUUGUAGUACCAUUUGCGUCCGUGACGGCGUCUGUUGUUGGAAUCGACACAAACCAAUUCACUGCGGCUGCUCUGUAUCAGUCGACGGAGCUUGGAUUUACACAUUUUAUGCGAAACUCUGCCACACUCCUCAUUUACAGCUGUAUCUGUUGGAUGGGUUUUGGUUUUCCUCUUCUGUACAUUAUACACAGUUUACAAAGUCGUUGGGGUGAUGCUAAAGACGCAUAG